AAUAAAAUAAAAAAUUUAAAUGAUACUUCAAUAUGUAUAAAAACUUUUAAAUGACAUUGUUUGUGAAACAUAUCGAAUAAUAGUUAUGAAGCUAGCUAACUACUUAAUAUAUAUCAUAGUAAUACAUAAAUAUUGAUUAGUGAUAUAUGUGUAAGAUUAUCGAAGCUGAUGACAAUCAUGUAGUUUCCUAAACUAACAAAGUAACCAGGAAACCAGAACUUGAUUUGACUUUGCUUUUAACAUAAACUAUCAUAUCCAAUUUGGCUUUGCUUCGACCUGUGUCUUUUUGUUCUACAAAACCACCUACAGUUCAGCAGUAUUCAGCUUUUAUUUAUUUAAAAUAUACAAUCAUCCAAUAAUUAACUAUGAUUUUGCUUUGGCAAGUUGCUAAAAAGCAAAAUUUGACUUUUUAUUCACUUUAUUCUCAUUCUGCCAUUGUUUUGGUAAACAAACUAUAAAAGGCAAAUACUCAUCAUAAUCUCUCAACACACAAAACUUCAAACAUUAAUCAAAACUUUAUACUCUCUUUUCCUUCUAUUUCUCAGAAAAAAAAAUGGAUGACAUCUCAGUGAGCAAAAGCAACCAUGGAAAUGUUGUUGUACUCAACAUCCAAGCUCCUCCUGUGUCAAAAACUUCAUUCCCUUCUUCUCCUUCCACAUCUCCACCAUUGUUAUCUGUCCACUUCUUGCAGAAGCUUAUAGCGGAACUCGUGGGAACUUACUACUUGAUAUUUGCGGGUUGUGCCGCUAUUGCCGUGAACGCUCAACACAACAAUGUAGUGACUCUUGUGGGCAUUGCGGUGGUUUGGGGUCUAGUGGUGAUGGUUCUUGUUUACUCUCUUGGACACAUCUCUGCACAUUUCAAUCCGGCUGUCACUAUCGCCUUAGCAUCUUGCAAGAGAUUCCCUCUGUAUCAACUCCCAGCCUACUUAACUGUUCAAGUUAUCGGAUCAACCUUGGCUUCCGCGACUCUGCGUCUUCUGUUUGACCUAAACAAUGACGUGUGCAGCAAGAAACAUGAUGUCUUCCUCGGAUCAACACCUUCUGGGACUGAUCUUCAAGCAUUCGGGAUGGAGUUCAUCAUCACCGGCUUCCUUAUGAUAGUUGUUUGUGCCGUCACUACUUCCAAGAGAACAAGUGAGGAGCUAGAGGGGUUAAUCAUCGGCGCAACCGUCACACUGAAUGUUAUCUUUGCCGGAGAGGUAUCAGGAGCAUCAAUGAAUCCAGCAAGAAGCCUAGGACCUGCACUUGUGUGGGGAUGUUACAAAGGGAUUUGGAUUUACUUGCUGGCUCCAACACUUGGAGCUGUCUCAGCGGCCUUGAUUCAUAAACUGUUACCGGCUACACAGAAAGCAAACUCUGAGUUCUCCAAGACAGGAUCUUCUCAUAAACGAGUUACUGAUCUUCCUUUGUAAUGAUGUAGAUAAAUCUCUAAGGUCAAUACUCAUUCUUGUAUCUUUAAAUAUGUUCAAUGGCUUGUAGGAGAUGGAUUACACCCCUCCACAAGGCUCAUCGAAUAACAGGCCCUAAUCCAGUAAGUCGGAUCGAUUUAGUCGGCUCGGCGGCUAAACCUAUCGGCUUGACCUUAGAUUACUUUUAGCCGGUCGAGUAAGUCGACCAAAAAUGCCCGGCUUGAAGGGAGCCUUGUCCAGGCCCGUAUACUCGGCCUCUCACAUCAAGGCCCAAAGAGGUACGAAAUUAGGGCAUCAGGGACAUGAGUCCUAUAAAAAGGGAAAGAGAAGCAACAAAAAAGGGACUUUUGGACGAUUGAACAGACUGAGCGGCUAGAUCUAGGGUUUUAGGCUAUCUCUUUGAUCUUGUUACUUUUUGAUCUUGUUGCUCUUUCACUUUUCCUGUCACUCUUGUAACCCUCCAGUUUAAACCUAAUAAAACGUCUUUAGUCAUCC